CUCAUCAGUGCUGUGACAUCUGAUGACACCAUCCAAAAGGGCUUGUACCCUGAACCAGGUGCAAAUGCGUCAAUUAAAAAUGGAGGAGGUGCAAAGAAAACAGAACACCACUGGGCACUCUGUAUAGUUCUGUUUGAUGGCCACAAGGAGUAUGGUAGUGCAUUUGAACUUCACAAGCACACUAUCGAACAAAUGACGAUGAUCCAUAUGAACUUCCAAUUCUCCCAUAACCAGAGUACUCCGAUGGUGGAAGUUCGACUAGCUAUCAUAAUUACUAGACUUGUGAACAACAUUGAGCUCUUUUUGUUUCUAUUUGAGUAA